UGGAUGGAUGGAUGGAUGGAUGGAUGGAUGGAUGGAUGGAUGGAUGACAGUAAUCUCUGCAGGACUUUCACUCUUUCCUCCAAUUGUUGUGGAUGUUCUUUCAACAUGAACUUCAGUGAAAACUUGCAGCAGCUCAGAUCGACUCUGAGACUCGAGGACACAGAGAGACAGACUGAAACCUGUUGGAUUAUGUGGAGUUGAAGACUCUCCUCACAGAUGUUGAAAGGUUUUUUUUUAGCACGUUAAAGUUUGAUUAACGAGCCGAGACGAGUCUUUAGAGAGUUCAGUUUCCUGACGUCUUCUGAUGCAGUCGGACAGUCUGCUGAGAUGUUCAGGAGUUUGAUAAAGAUCCGGUUCAUCUUCAGGACGCAGCUGCACAAACAAAGCGUUCGGUCUUUAUCACUUUACAGAAGAUACAUGACGAGGCUUCACUGAGGACCGUGUCCUCGCUGGAUGGACGGACACUUUGAAGACACACCUGGUGCAUGAACCAAUCAGUAAAAACUCUGACAUGAAACAUGGAGCUGCUGAUGGAUGGGAGGUCAGCUUACUGAUAUUUGAAGAAGAGCAAACUGAUAUCAUUGGACGUCAGCAGAAACACUUUAAAGACACACGUGGUAGGAGCAGAUUUUAAUGAACAGCUCAGUAAAAACUCUGAUAUUUGCUGAGGACUUUGGUGGGACAGUUCCUGACAACAGGACAAAGCUGGAUGGACAAAUCAUUUACUGAUACGUUAAAGUUUGACGAACUUCCUGAGGACAUGAAACAUGGAUGGAAGGUGAGUUUACUGAUAUCUGAAGACUUCACUGAUACAGCUGAUCAGCAGCAGAGAACCAGGAGUUCAGUGAGAGCGUCUCUAAUCUGAGGACGUCCUCACUGGACGGACGGACACUUUAGAGACAUGCUUUGUCUGCAGAGGUAGAAGAUCUGAUGGACGGAUCCAUUAAAAGCUCUAUUUUUCCUCAGGACUUUGGUGGGAAAGUUGAAGUCAAAUGAUCUGAAUCUGGAACUUCUGGCCAGAUUCUCUUUAACGUCUGUUUGGACUCUGCAGACUUCCUGUCUGCUGGAUUAACUCUCUGCUUCUCGCUCCUCGUGCUGAUUUCCUUUGGUAUUUGCGGUUCGGUCCGUGUGAAGCGCGGCGCGGCGAUACGAUGGCGAGCCAGGACCAGAACACGUUCAGCCCUGGUUCCUCUUCCAGGAGGACUGUGAGCAGAUAAUGGACUGGAAGGACCUGGCGGCUCAGAAGCUCAGUCUGUCCCGCAGGAAGAAGUCCCCGCCGGGCCCCGGGGCGUCCCCGCCCGCCGACGAGGCCCCGGGGCCCCUGACGUACACCGGGGGCUUCAGCGGGGCCCUGCAGCUCUCGCCGCCCGCCGUCCCGCCAUGCCUCCUCCGGGCCGGGUCAAAGGUCAAGGACACGCCGGGGAUGGGGAAGGUCCGAGUGAUGGUCCGGAUCUGUUCGGUCCACAGCAGCGAGUCCUCUGAAUCCAUGUCUCUGCUCAAAGUGGACGGCAGGAAGAAGCUGCUGACGCUCUGCGAGGCGGCGUCCGGCGGACAGACGGCGGCCGCUCAGAGACGACCGGCGGCUCCCAAGACCUUCACCUUCGACGCCAUCUUCUCCCAGGACGCCUCACAGGCUGAGGUGUGUUCGGGGGCGGUGGCUGAGGUCAUCCAGUCGGUGGUGAACGGUGCAGACGGCUGCAUCUUCUGCUUCGGACACGCCAACCUGGGUAAGACGUACACCAUGAUUGGCCGGGACUGCUCCACCCAGAGCCUGGGCGUGGCCCCGACCGCCAUCUCGUGGCUCUUCAAGGUGAUCGAGGAGCGGCGGGAGAAGUCCGGAGCUCGUUACUCCGUCAGAGCGUCCGCCGUGGAGAUCUCCGGCCGAGAGGAGACGCUCACAGACCUCCUGGCUGAACUCGCCUCCUCCUCAGCGGGGGGCCACCAGGAGGCCCCGGGCCCCGCCGUGUCACUGCGAGAAGACCCCCUCUGUGGAUCCCAGCUGCAGAACCAGACGGAGCUGCGGGCGACCAGCGCCGAGCGGGCGGCGUUCUUCCUGGACGCCGCCCUGACGGCGAGGAGGAGCAGCCGGGCGCCGAGCGACCAGGAGGUCCGGAGGAACUCGCACUUCCUGUUCACGCUGCACGUCUUCCAGGAGCGGCAGGACAAGAGCAACAAGGCGGCAGUGUCCGGGCGGAGUCGUCUCCACCUGCUGGACCUGGGCAGCUGUGAGACGGACAUCAGCAGGACCAGAGAGGGGGGUGGAGGUCAGUGCUUGUCUCUGUCGGCGCUGGGGAACGUCGUCCUGGCGCUCGCCAACGGGGCCAAGCACGUUCCCUACAGGGACAGUAAGCUCACCAUGCUGCUCAGCGAAUCCCUCGGCAACAUCAACUGUCGAACCACCAUGAUCGCCCACAUCUCCGACUCCCCCGCCAGCUACAUGGAGACGCUGACCACGGUGCAGCUGGCGUCCCGCAUCCACCGCAUGAGGAAGAAGAAGUCCAAGUACGCCUCCAGCUCGUCCGGAGGGGAGAGUUCCUGCGAGGAAGGCCCGUCCCAUCGACCUCCUCACCUCCGACCCUUCCACCCGAAAAUAGUGGCCCUGGACCCCGACACGCCGCUGCUGCUCUCCAGCGACCCCGACUACUCCUCCAGCAGCGAGCACUCCUGCGACACCGUCAUCUACGUGGGGCCCGGAGGGGCGGCCGUCUCCGACCGAGAACUGAGCGACAAUGAGGGGCCGCCUUCGUUCGUUCCCAUCAUCCCGUCUCUGAACAAAAGGCGAGUCAAAGACGCCCCCAGGUCCGAUGGCGACCACUUUAAAUGCAACACGUUUGCAGAGCUGCAGGAGAGACUGGACUGCAUCGAUGGCAGCGAGGGUCCGGACACGUUGGGCACAGAAGCUAAAGCAGCACAAGCAGCGGCACUCAAAACUGCAGCUGCUAAACCAACAGAGGCAACGUCUCCACCCAGAUCUGAUCAGAUUUCUUCCCAUGGGGUCUUAGAAAGCACACAAACCACAUGCACACAUAAACCCAGUCAGGAACAGCCCACAUCCCCUUCAGCCGGCGGCCUCAUGAACACUUCCAAACGGACGAGUGCAGACGGGGAGAAACUUUCAGUGACUCCCUCUCAGCUGUUUGUUUCCCAGGACUCAGAGCCCGUGGUGCGAGAGAAGGUCUACCUCAGAGGAGGUGUACCCAAACCGUCCUUACCAAGGACAACCAGGGCAGCCGCUCAGCCGGGGGAGGUUGUAGGUCGGACUCCCCCAGUGGGUAUGAGUCAACCCCUGGGCUCCCCUAGCAUGGAGAGGGCCCAUUAUCUUCGGGCAGCUCUGUUGGGAAGAUGCCUCGAUGGGGAUUUUCUGAGGACGACGGUGACGCUGCAGCAGCCUGUGGAGCUGAAUGGGGAGGAUGAGCUCGUGUUCACGGUCGUGGAGGAGCUUCCUCUCAGCCUCGUCCCAGACAACGGCCGCCCCUCCAACCUCCUCAACUUCACCAGCGACUGCUCUCUGCAGCCCUCGGCCGCCGGCUCCAGACCCGUGAGCAUCAUCAGCAGCAUCAACGACGAGUAUGACGCUUACACGAGUCAACGAGGAGCUGUGGGACCUGGUCCCGAGGAGGGUCUGUUUCUCCAGCAUGCCAACAGCGAAGUCAGUGCUGAAGAUACUCGUUCAACAAGCAGAUUGUACCUGAGGGACACAAUCAUGACAUCAGACAAUGCGUCCGUGCUAACGUCGCCAAGUAUGUUUCAUAAACAGCCAUUUCUGCAGCACGGCAUCGAGAGCUGCCUGAACGACAGCGGCGUUUGUUUCUCAGAGCUGGACAGUGACCCUGCUACUCCAAACAAAACUUCUUUCUCCAAGUGCCCUCCCUCCCCCGACCCUACCAGAGCCUCUCUGAAGGUGAGAGCCAGGACUCUGAACACGUCCCAGACUCUCCACCAAGACACCUAUUCCAGUCUUCCCAGGAAAAACAAGCCUACCUCAUCUGCAGCUGUGGGCUGCAGCAGACAGGAAGGCAGACAUGAUGACUUUUUGCUUCAGGGAAGCAGUCAUUUUGAUCCCAGAGAGGCAGAGUUUCUCUCUGCUACGAAGCCACCAAGAAGUAGCAUGAGUAAUGUUUCCUCUAAGAGGCCUGGGGGGAACAGUAACAGCGUUCCUCGCCCACCGAAGGCACACUCGUCUUCAGCUCAGAGGCUCGUGGACGGUUGUGAAAAGUCCAGCAGCAGGAGAGGAGACACUCUCAUCAAGCUGCCACGACUCACCCGAGGUGCAACAACUCUAGGAACCAUUUCUGCACCCCAGACUUCUGACUCGAGGUGGACUCACGAGGGCACGUCAGCGACAGGUAGCCUGAGGUUUUCAUCCCUCGGGAAAAAGACAAACGGGCACAAAAGCAGUGCAAUCCCCAAGUCUGGAUCUGGAAACAUUUCCCCUCCGGCAGCAGCUGUCAGACAGUCGAGCCAAGAACAGAAGACGAGGACUGCGAUUUCUCCAAGUGCCUUAAAAUCAAGCGGCGACUUUGGAAAGUCCUCGUUCCCUAAAACAUCAGCCUCAGAAGAGGAAUUCAGCUUCAGGCUCCGUGCAGAUUCAUUCAGCCACAGGACGUCUAGUUUGAAAACUGAACACGGCCCUGCAAGGACGUCUUCCAGCCUGAAGACACGAGGGGCCAAAGCAGAGUCUUCCAGGUACUAUGGGAGUCUGAUGUCUCUGGAGAGGUGCGACAGUCAAACUUUAGCAAACAGUGGUGCUACAUUGGGAGGUAACAGCAGAUCCAACAAGUCAGUGCCAAGACUCGGGGCUCCAGCCUCCACCGCUACCUCGGCAUCACAAGUUUCUCCUGGUGUCUUUGCAACUAUGAGCAAGCUGGGGCCGAAAGGCAGCGGCAGCUCCCGAGCAGCAGUUUCUGUAGGAAUCAAGGUUCGGACUUUGUCGACCAGCAGUUCUAAGAGCCUGAGCUCCUCCCCUCCUCCAAAACCUCCUGAAAAUGUAGCUGGACGCAACACCGGCCUCCCUCCAACUGGGAAGUCCCCGGUACGGUCGGGGGCAGCAGCCAAGACGGGAAGAGGCACGACCAUGGGGACAAAGCAGGCCAUCAGCAGGGCGGCGAACAGCCGGGUGAGCGAGCUCGCCUCCGGCAGCCAAAGGAAGCCGCUCAGCAGGGCCGCCGCAGCGACAGGAAGCACCGACGGCGGGAGCGGCGGCGUCAGCGGGUCGCCAGUCAACACGCCGCUGCCGUCGCCUUACAGCAAGAUCACGGCGCCUCGGAGGCCGCAGCGCUACAGCAGCGGGCACGGCAGCGACAACAGCAGCAUCCUGAGCGGGGAGCUGCCGCCCGCCAUGGGACGCACCGCCCUGUUCUACCACAGCGGCGGCAGCAGCGGCUACGAGAGUAUGAUGCGUGACAGCGAGACCACCGGCAGCACCUCGUCAGCACACGACUCCAUGAGCGAGAGCGGCGUGUCGUCGUCCAACAGGAGCAGAGUUUCCAAAUCGCCCAAGAAGAGAGGAAACGGGUUCCUGCGGCGGCGGCUGAUCCCCGCUCCGCUGCCCGACGCCUCCACUCUGGCCAGGAGGGUCGGAGGCCAGUGGGUGGACCUCCCCCCGCUGGGAGGAGCCCUCAACGACUCCUUCGAGAUUAAGGUCUACGAGAUCGACGACCUGGAGCACCUGCAGAGGAGGAGGGAGGAGUCAGAGCCGUUCCACAAUGUUGAGAAGGGUCUGCUCUACUUCAACGCCCGGCUCCGGAUGCUGGAGAGGAGGCAGCAGAGGGUCCGAGAGCUGAGGAGCCACCAGGAGCAGCUGCAGGAGGAGCUGGAGGAGGCCAGGAGCCGGCUGAUGCUGCCGCCGGGACGCUGGAGCCCCGAGGUGGACGUGGACCCGGACCUGGACCCGGAGUCCCAGGAGUACCUGGAGGCUCUGGCUCAGGUCACGGCCGAGCUCCAGUACUGCAUCAACCUCUGCAAGUCCCGCGUCAUGAUGGAGACGUGCUUCGACAUCGCCGCCACGCCGAGCGGCGGCGGCGGCGGCGGCGGGGGUCAGCAGGAGGUCGAGGUGUGAGAGGAGAGACGGGAUCAAAUAUUCACAGAUACAUUUAUAGAGAAGUUUCCCUCCGAACAGCAUUUAACGACGUGACCAACACGUUUACUACAAUAACUUUUUCAUUCUUCAAACUCUUCACUUCCUCCUUCGUUUCACUUCCACCAUGCCGCCUUUCAUAUUUACAACGACCACUAGAGGGCGCCAACAACUCCAAACUGUCUCAGAUAAAUCCUCCAUAACGUAUCAACCGGCAGAUAAAUCCACUCCACACUUUGAACCAGGUUACAGACUAGACCCAUCCUGCUGCAUCGGACCCUCGGAGUCUCUAUCACAGCUCCCAUAGACUCCUAUGAGAGUCUCUACCACAGCUCCCAUAGACGCCUAUGAGAGUCUCUACCACAGCGCCACAUGGACACCAACUAACAUUCUCAAUUCAUGUCUUAUUAUUAGUCAUUAAGUGUCUUUUUUGAUAUUUUUUUACAUCUUUUUUGUGGUCAUUUUGGGUUUUUUUUGGUAAUUGUGUGUAUUUUUUGGUAAUUUUUACAUCUUUUGGUAAUUUUGUGUCUUUUCUUGGUUAUUGUGUGUCCUUUUUGAUCAUUUUUGUGUCUUUCUUUAAUUUAUUUUUUACAUCUUUUUUUAUUCUUUUGUGUUCUUUGAUAAUUCUGCAUCAUUUUUGGUAAUUGUGUGUCUUUUUUGGUCAUUUUUACAUCUUUUUUUAUCCUUUUGUGUCUUUUUUUUUUAUAAUUCUCCGUCUUUUUUGGUCAUCUUGAGUCUUUUCCUCCGUCUCCGGGUGAAAGUCCUGGUUUGUUGGACCCUCCCUCCCUAACUGACUCUUUGUGCUUUAUGCUGUGAGUCACUGCGGCCACUAGAGGGCGCCACUAACAGACGGAGACGUGGAGGUGAUCAGAGGCAGCAGGGUGGAUUCUGUCUGUCACAGUUACUGUAGCAGACGAGCUGAAACAACAUUUUAUUAAAUCAGAUUCAGCUGUUUUUCUUAUUAUGUUUAAAUGUUUUUAGUUUCUCGACCGCUCGUCAAGAGAAGACAAAAACAAAUCAUCACUUCCAGUCGUUAGCUGUUAGCAUGUUAGCAUCUGUCAGAUCAGCCUUUCUGACUUCCUCCAUUUUUCACAGUAAAAGUUUUGCUUCAACACAGAGCUGAUUAAAAUCUCCACGUUAAGAUGAAACGGCAGGACGAGCCCCCAGGAAACGCCUUCAGAGCCUUUUCAUUGGAAUGAAUGGGCGGGGCCUCGCAGUGGUUUCCAGCUGUUACGACUCACAGCGGGACCAGAAACACUGACAUCGUUUUUAUCAGCAGAGGAAUCGUUCGUACGUCUGUUCGUACGUUCGUUCGUUCAUUUGUUUGUUGUUACGUUCUAUCAUUCGUACGUUCUUACAUUCGUUCAUACAUACGCUCGUUGGUACGUUCGUUCGUUUGUUGUUACAUUUGUUCGUUCGUUCGUACUUUCUUACAUUUGUUCGUUCGUACAUACGUUCGUUUGUAUGUUCGUUUGUUUGUUGUUACGUUCGUACAUACAUUUGUUCGUUCAUUCAUACAUACUUUCGUUCGUACAUUCGUUCUUACAUUAAUUUGUUUGUUUGUUCGUACAUAAGUUUGCACAUCCGUUCGUUCGCACAUUCGUUCGUUCGCACAUUCGUCCGUCUUUCCGUUCGUUCGUUCGUUCGUCUGAAACACGAGGAAACAGACUGUGAGUUUUGUUUGUUGGAGACGAGCUGCUGUUGGUCCACAGAAACGAUGGAAGUGCCUUUAUUAUAUAUUUAUUAUCUCAUCCAAUAAUCGUUUAUUAAGUUUUUAUAUUCAUCAUGUGUGUUUCUUUAUGGUGCUGAUCUUCUGGUUAUAUUCAGUAUGCAAACAGAUGAUGUGAUGGUUUAUAUGAUACAUAAACAAAUAAAUAAAUUAAUGAAUAGGGUGAAAACAGAAGGAGAGAGGAGCAAUAACUCAGUUAUUAUUAUUAUUAUUAUUAUUAUUAUUAUUAUGAGCUCACUUGUUUUACUGGUUGGAGGAUCGAA